CCUGGAGAGCAGCGGAGCAGCAUCCUCCCUCAGCGGAGCCUCAGCGGAGCCUCAGCGGGACGUGGUGGGAUGCUCUGGCCGCCCAGCAGCGCCUCAGCCCGGGAUCAGGUCGGAGGAGAGUAGCGGAGGAGCGGCGGCAUCUGGGACGGAGGAUGCUCUGGGGUUCCCACCAGGCCUGCAAAGAUGAGUGUGACAUCAUGGUUCCUGGUGAGCAGCUCCGGCACUCGGCACCGCCUCCCCCGAGAGAUGAUCUUUGUGGGGAGAGAGGACUGCGAGCUCAUGCUGCAGUCCCGCAGCGUGGACAAACAACAUGCCGUCAUCAACUACAACCCGACCACUGAUGAGCACCUGGUGAAGGACCUGGGCAGCCUGAACGGGACGUUUGUGAACGACCUGCGGAUCCCCGAUCAGACGUACAUCACCCUCAAACUGUCCGACGUCAUCCGCUUCGGAUACGAUUCUCACAUCUACGUUCUGGAGAAAAGUCAGCACAAAGUUCCAGAGGAGGCUCUAAAGCAUGAGAAGUACAGCAGUCAGCUGCAGAUAAGUCUGAAGGCGGCGGAGGUGAGGAAGACUGACGAGGAAGAGCGUCCACGAGGGGACAAAACCCAGAGACCCAAUCUGACCCAAGGUCUGACCCCUGACUGUGUAUCUGCAGUGGAAAAGACCCCGUCCCACCGGCCCACCCCCCUCUACGGUCAGCCCUCCUGGUGGGGAGAAGAGGAUUAUGGGAGUAAAGUUCCGGGCGGUGAUGAGCCUCACCCAGACCUGCAGAAGGAUGCUCCGUCCAUGGAUCCGGACUUCUCUGGACCUUUGGACUCCCAAACCAACAGCGUCUUCCCCUCCUACCACCGCGAGCCCAGCUACUUCGAGAUCCCCACCAAGGACUUCCAGCACCUCAAAACCGUGGGGGUGGAGCUCCAUGAGAUCCCCACCAAGGACACGGACGCACCCCUAGCCCCGCCCCUAGCCCCGCCCACCCCCACCCCCACCCCCACUCCCCCGGCCGUCCAGAGCCACGCCUCCUUCACCAUCGAGUUCGAUGACUGCAUGCCUGGCAAGAUCAAGAUCAAAGACCACGUGACCAAGUUCUCCACCCGCCAACGGCGGCUGCAGGCUCCGCCCACCAGGGGGCCAGUCGCCGCGGCGCCAGCCGAGAUGAUGUCGGCGGAGAGCAAGGUGGCUGAUUGGCUGGUCCACAGUGACGUCACCAUGAUGAAGAGGCGUCUGCCGUGUGAAGACGUGUACAGCACCAAGAGUGACCUGGCCGUGAACAUCAAGACCCUGAAAGGUCACCAUCAUGAAGAUGGAACCCAAAGCGACUCGGAAGAUCCGGUUCAGAAUGUCAGAAGCCAAUCCCAGCACUCGGUCAGAUCUGAGCAGUCCGAGGCCUCGCAGCAGACCGUCCAAUCAGAGCAGCCCCCCGCUCCCACUCAGAGACCCCAGCGGGACUCUCCCCCCAGACCAGCUCCAGCCUUACCCCUGGCCCCUGAGCGGCCCCUCUCCCAGAGCCCCCCUCCGUCUCCUGCCCCCUCAGAAACCCCCAAACAGCCCCCCCCUGAACAUCUCGCCCAGCAAGCCUUCAUCAUCGAGUUUUUCGACGACAAUCCCCGCAAGAAGCGCUCGCAGUCCUUCACGCACAACCCUGCCCACGCCGACUCGUACUCCACCCUCAAGACCAAGCUGGAGCGCCGGAAAGGCGGUGAAAGACCAGCGUCGGUUCACGGCCAUGUUCCUCCGACCCAGCAGGUGACGGUUCCCCUGAAGGGUCAGGGCCACGGGCCUCCCCAAAGGUCCAGCUCUCUCAAGAGGGAGAAGACGGAGGCGGAGGCUGCUUCGUCCGCUUCGUCCUCUCGCUCCUCGUCGGGGAUCAUCAUCAGGCCUUUUGGCAGCAUUGGCAAGAAGUCCAAGUUUGCCCAGGAGUUCGCCACCGAGUUCCUGAAGGACUCUGGUCCGAAGGACCCCCCCCCCACCAGGGACAAGGCAUCACCUCCCCCCAUGUCCGCACCACCAGUGAUGGUGUCACAGCCUCAUUUAGGAAUUCCCUCCCCACAAGAACCUCCGGCAGCUUCUUCGGUGUCCUACCCCCCCUCCCCUUUACAGCCUGCUCUCCCACCCAGAGCUCCCAACCAGACACCCUCUCCCAUCCGUUCAAAAGGACCCCUGACGUCCCACAUGGUGUCUAUGGGCAUUCAUGGAGGGGACCCCAGAGGUUGCCAGAGGACAGGGAGGAACGAGGAGGACGACAGUCUCAGCGACGCCGGGACCUACACCAUCGAGACGGAGACGCAGGACCAAGAGGUGGAGGAGGCUCGCAACAUGAUUGAUCAGGUGUUUGGUGUCCUGGACUCCCCAGAGUACAGUGGUGUGACCCCCGGAGUCUGUAGGCCUGUUAUACAUGAUGGCAAAGAUGAGCAGGCUAGCGUUCCCGGGGAUGGUUUCACAGUGGGCCUGUUGCAUGGUUUUAUGCCAGCCUCCAUCAGCGGGCCCUCCAUGGGCCCCAUACAGGUUCCGGCUCAGGCAGCGGGUCUGGAGGCUCCGAAGUGGGUUUCCCGUUGGGCCAGUCUGGCAGACAGCUACGCUGAACCUGGUUCCACCCCCCCUCAAGGAGAAUCUCUAGAAGAUGUGCACUUCAUGAGCCGUUCGAUGGGAAGUCACGACCCCUCCGAGUCCGAGUCGAGCUGCAGCUCCAGGACGAGGAGGCUGCUUCCUCAGGUGCCUCCAGAAAAGCUGGACUUUGUCACCCCGAGCAUUCUGGUUCGACAUGAACCCUACCAAGGAAAAGAACCUUUGGACCGAGUCUCUGAGCCAGCUCACCUUCAGAACUCCAACCAUUGCCUCUCUGUUCAGGAUGACGUGGACCCAGACAGUCUGAGUGACGCCAGUCGCUCAGAUGAUGGACCUGUUCUGGAGAAAGCAAAGAAGACUCAGACCAGGACUGGUGGUACAUCUCUAAGUGACUCAGGCCCUCAAUUUAAAGUUCAAGAGAAAGUGUCUCCAUCUAACAAAUCCACGUCCUUUUAUAUUGGUUCUGAGGACCAUCCAGGCAAACCCGACCUAGUCAGGAGCCCGGUACAGUCUGAGAAAACUGUCAAAACUCCCCCUACCACCGUUCUUAUCCGACACCUGAGUGCACAUGAACCCAAGAGGACAGGCGUCAAACCCAACAGCUCUGCUCCAAACCUCCAAAUCCAGGACAAGGACUCAGUCCCCACCAAAGACAGUGGCACAUCAUCCUUUGUCCGGCAGGAGAGCUUCACCAAAGACCGGCCCAGCGACGGCGUCCAGAUGAAGAAACUUCCCCACAUAUCCAGCCACCCGUCCAUUAGCGACAUGGAGCAGAGACGUGACAAUAUCCAGGACUCCUUCCAUAGUGACAUGGAAAUGGAGGGAACAAAGUUCCCCUCAUCUGGAUCUGGUCGCAGCUCAAAGAAGGGGGGCUCCUCCAGCCACAUGGACGAUUCCCUGUCUGGGGACUCAGACGUGGACACGGCGAGCACCGUCAGUCAGGUGAGCGGUAAAAACGCUCCCGUCACAUCCACCUCAAAGAAGCGUCCCACCAUCAGCAGCCUUCAGAAGGAGAAGUCAUCUUCCAGCCCGUCCAUUCAGGAAAAGGGACGGCAGCUCAGCGCCCGCGAGCGUCUCUCUGAGAAACGCCGCGGCCAGGCGGGGGCUGACACGCCCAGCAAAGCGGAACCAGAGAAACGCUUCCUGAUGCGUCGCAGUACGGGGAACCGGGGCUCUCUAGAUCUGGCAGAGGGUCAGCAGGGUUCUGGCCCAACCUGGACUGAAACAACAUCAUCUGAUCAUGAAAUUUCCCGUCCAUCCAGUCGCACUAAGAAGCUCAUCGCCCCACUUCAAAAAGAGGACAACGGAAAGUCGGCUAAGACGGUGAAUCAGCAGGUUCUGACCCGGUCCAACAGCCUGUCAGCGCCACGGCCAACCCGAGCAUCUAUGCUGCGACGAGCUCGCCUGGGGGACGCGUCAGAUAACGAGAGCACCGAGACGGACCGGGCCUCCCAGAAUUCAGACCAUAUCUCUGCGCCUCCCAAAGCGUCUACAGAGGGGAAGAAGCUGUCCAGGCUGGACAUCUUAGCGAUGCCCAGGAAGAGGACGGGCUCCUUCACGGCCCCCAGCGACAGCGAGACGCCCUCCACAACCCGCUCCGCUUUCUCCAAUCGCAACGCCGAGGCCCCUGCCGCCGCCACCAGGAAAACAUCGGUGGGGGAUGCCCGUCAGGCAGCUAGCAGAGGAGGCGGAGCUCCAGUGAAGCAACAGCUGACCAGGACCCGGUCCAGUGGAGCCAAGUACUCCAACAGUGGGUCACGCCGCCGACAGAAGGGUUCUGACUUCUCAUCCUCCUCUGAUGAAGAAUACGAGACCAACGCUGGAACCUCAAAAACCAAGCGCUCGUCCGCUCCAACCUCCUCCACCCACCGGACGGCCGCCUCCAGGACCAAGUCUGUCUCGUUGGAGACGGAGGAGGACGAGGACCAGAACGACCCGUACCAGAACUGGACAACACACAGUGCCGAGAUCGCCAAGCUCAGCCAGGACCUGGCCAAGGACCUGGCCAUCCUGGCCAAGGAGAUCCACGACGUGGCUGGGGACGGUGACUCGCCCAGCUCUGGACUGGGCACCACCAUCUCCCCCAUCUCCCCCACCUCCACGGCCAACACGCCGGCCUCCAACAUCUCUGCCAGGGAGGAGACGCCACCAGGUCCACAGCCAUGUGGGCAGCGCUGCUCUCAGCUGGUCCAGCGCAUCCCUGAGGCCAGUUUAAACUACCAGAAGGUUCCUCCCGGUUCGUCCAUCAUGUCGGACCUGGACGCUAACAUGAACGAGCCAGAGCCUGCAUCUACGCAACGGCGUCCGUGGAAUCGUGAAGAGGUGAUCCUGGACAACCUGAUGCUGAACCCGGUGUCCCAGCUGUCCCAGGCCAUCCGGGAGAACACGGAGCAGCUGGCAGAGAAGAUGAAGGUUUUGUUCCAGAACAAGGCGGAUGUCUGGGAGGAGAUUGAGGCGAAGAUAAACGCUGAGAAUGAAGUUCCACUCCUGAAGACCUCCAACAAGGAAAUCACCUCCAUCCUGAAGGAGCUGAGGAGAGUUCAGCGUCAGCUUGAGGUCAUAAACACCAUUGUGGAGCCUGCCACUGGUCUUCAGGCUGCAGCCAUGGUGACGCCGCCCGUCCCUCAGGCCCGACCGUCCUCCAAGGAGAAGAAGGCCACCAAACCCCGAACCUCCAACGCCAACGAAGGCACCAAGCGAGCGCCUCGUGGGCCCGACGGCGGCCCACACGGCGGCCCACACGGCGGCCCACACGGCGGCCCACACGGCGGCCCACACGGCAGCCCACGCGGCGGCCCACACGGCGGCCCACACAUGGCCUGAGCAGGCCACCGUAGCACCUCUGGACGGAAAACGUCCAUCCACACUGCCGACAGAUCGGAUGAGUUGGGAUCGGACUUAAACUCAGAACCGGUCAGACGUGUAGGUUAACCCCAACUCUUCCAUUCGUCAAGGUGUGGCUUAUUUUGGCUUUCACUGUCCCACAAUGCAUUGCACCCUGGACUCUUAGUAGGGGCAUUUCCAUUACCAUUAAAAUUGCGCAAGUUUGAUUUACAAAUAGAAAAUGCGCAAACUGGAAAGACAUCAAUUUCACAAAAACUGCUAGAAUUAUAUAUGAGCUUGCAGGUGAUUUGAUGGGAUUUUUCUGGUGAUUCAAAACAUGAACAUUUUGAAGAAAAAAACCUUUUCUGCAUCUCCAUGAUGUACCAAAAAGAAUCCCAUUGUCUUUUCUGUAGGAACUGUGUCCUUGGUGAUGAGGCAGCGGGUCAACUAGAGGUCUUACUCACAUAAUGCAUCAGAAGUUUUAGAGUCAUGGACAAUGACGUCCAGAAAUCCCUCAGAUGUGGCCGGCUCCGCUAUAAGGAGCUUUGCCUUGAAAGCUUUGGCCGCAGAUGUUUGAAAAGGUGCGGCCACCAAGACUGCAAUGGAAGCUGCUGUGUACUGUUCCCACUCUGGAAGAGGACCCCAGUUCUCGGUCCCACUGUGUGACGGUCCCUCCCAAACGCUUCUGACUCCAGAGAUGUUGAUCAGAGGGAAACACAGACCCCACCAGACAUGGCAACAGUCAGCAAUGUUGUUUUACUUUCUUCAUUUUCACUCCAGCACGUUUGUCAGGAAGACAACCGGACCUGAACUGCCCCUCUGGUUCCUUUGUGCACGGCUUUGUGGGACAAAUGCAAGCAGCACAAUCCACAUCCCCAUAAGUCUGAUCGAGACAGCACACAAGCACACGCAAUCAUAUAAAAUCAUUCACAACUGGGCUGGAGGCCCGGGCUCAGCCGGUGCUGAGGUGCUGGACCAGUCCGGCCCGUAGAAACCUGGCGGCGGUGUGGAUGCGCUGAAACCCUUCAGAACAAACGUUCCAUCUGUGUCGGUAGGAUUUAGAUCAUCGCGAGGCUGUAGUGUAACCAGCUGCUCCCAUGUCGCACAACAAACCUUUUUAAAGCUACAAGAACCAGCAGCUGCUCCAGCACCCCGUCACGUGGGCUGACCGGACCAAACUGGGUGAACCUGUGCCCUCGUGAACUGCUGUCUUUGAUCUGAAGGUACACGCUGGAGUUCUGUGUAUUUAUCAAGACAAAGUUGUACUUUUGUGUCCAUGGCCAAGUUCUGCGUCCACGCCUCUGGGCGUAACACGGCUGAAUGUUUGUGAGCUUGACCUGCAGCGCUCAGGUUGCUUUGCUGUCUUUUAAUGUGAAGCUUCUUCAGGUUGGAUGAAUGUUGGAGGAAAUAUCUGUUUAUCCCAAACAAAUCAGCAAGACGCCAAAUGGAUGGACUCUCCGUGGUCGUUGAACGCUUCGUCUUUCUAACUGAUGAGUGAAACCCAGUCUGGCAGUCGUGACCGACGUGCUUUUGAUAAAUGACGUUGAGAUCCUUCUACCCUUGAUCAACGUCCCACUGGUCACCAACGCUGCUGCAGAGACGCAAAGUACGCUAACUUGUGAUUUCAUCACAACUGACACCAACCAGAUACCCCCCCACAUCUUGUUUUACUUGUAGUGUAAAGAGCCCCGAUGUCAGUGUCACAACCCAAGCAACAUCUGAAACCAGACCUGCAACCAGGACUAGAGCUGAAACCGGGACUAGAACUGAAACCAGGACUAGAACUGAAACCAGGACUAGAACUGAAACCAGGACUAGAGAUGAAACCAGGACUAGAAUUGAAACCAGGACUAGUAGAACUGAAACCAGGACUAGUAGAACUGAAACCAGGACUAGUAGAACUGAAACCAGGACUAGAACUGAAACCAGGACUAGAACUGAAACCAGGACUAGUAGAACUGAAACCAGGACUAGUAGAACUGAAACCAGGACUAGAACUGAAACCAGGACUAGAACUGAAACCAGGACUAGAACUGAAACCAGGACUAGUAGAACUGAAACCAGGACUAGAACUGAAACCAGGGCUAACAGAACUGAAACCAGGACCAGUAGAUCUGAAACCAGGACCAGUUAGUAUUGGUUAGAACUUAAACCAAGUCUAGUGCAGUUGAAACCUGCCAUGGUGGGCUGGUGUACUGCAGGGCCCAGUAGUCUUACACGACUUACAGUACACGCCAAAACAAACAAUCAGCAGCCAGUAGCACCGAAAUAUUGGAUUUAGUGGCUACACAAUAUUUAUAGCUGGUGCCCUGAACAGGAACAGCCCCCCCCCACUCUGACGGAAGAUGUGGGCCAUGACUUCUUAGUGUUAGCUUCGUUUUGGUUGCUCUACUUUCAAGGGUGACGACUGGCGUCCAGGUUGAUUCUGAAUUCACAUAAACCUGAUGUACCUCCCAGACUUAGAAAAGUGCUAUAUGAAAUAAGUAUUUAGAGAUUUACCUGACAGAAGCACCUCCUGCCCGGAGACCGCUGGACCAGGAAGUAGCCGCGUAGGAUGUGUGUGUGUUCUUGUGUGUGUGUGUGUGUGUGUGUGUGUGUGUGUGCCGCUGGCUGUGUUGUAGUCGCUGUGUGUUGAGUUGAAAUCUGCGUUAUGUUGUGUCUUUGCAUCGAAGCAACAGAGAGCUGGUGAAGACAGCACCGGACAGAUAAAGCAGAGGUGGGGCAUGCUCAGUGAAACCCUCCUGCUCAAUACCCUACUGAUCACGGAGGGUUAGCUUAGCCUAGCGCACAAGACCGGAAAAACAAGAAGAAACUGUUUGCAUGAUGGUAUCAGGGAGAAAAACUGACCUUCUAACAGCUGUGAGUUAGUUCAUGCUAAACCAGUGCUGAAGAAACCUAACGUUAGUUCUUAUAAUAGUGAGAUUUACACUCUAAACUCUAAACUAAUCAGAAAAAGAAGAGAGCCCAGUGCAUCAUGGGACAGCAUAACUGAAAAGAUGGUUCCUGACCCCUGAGUCAACCUUUACCAUCAGCUUUAUCCUGAAUGGAGCUUUAAAGACUAAGGUCCCCAUAGACCCCAGACCAGUCUGUACUGGUCCCAGUAGACCUCAGACCAGUCUGUAAUGGUCCCGGUAGACCCCAGACCAGUCUGUACUGGUCCCGGUAGACCCCAGACCAGUCUGUACUGGUCCCCAUAGACCCCAGACCAGUCUGUACUGGUCCCAGUAGACCUCAGACCAGUCUGUACUGGUCCCGGUAGACCUCAGACCAGUCUGUACUGGUCCCAGUAGACCUCAGACCAGUCUGUACUGGUCCCGGUAGACCUCAGACCAGUCUGUACUGGUCCCAGUAGACCUCAGACCAGUCUGUACUGGUCCCGGUAGACCCCAGACCAGUCUGUACUGGUCCCAGUAGACCUCAGACCAGUCUGUACUGGUCCCGGUAGACCUCAGACCAGUCUGUACUGGUCCCGGUAGACCUCAGACCAGUCUGUACUGGUCCCAGUAGACCUCAGACCAGUCUGUACUGGUCCCGGUAGACCUCAGACCAGUCUGUACUGGUCCCGGUAGACCCCAGACCAGUCUGUACUGGUCCCGGUAGACCUCAGACCAGUCUGUACUGGUCCCCAUAGACCCCAGACCAGUCUGUACUGGUCCCAGUAGACCUCAGACCAGUCUGUACUGGUCCCCAUAGACCCCAGACCAGUCUGUACUGGUCCCCAUAGACCCCAGACCAGUCUGUAAUGGUCCCAGUAGACCCCAGACCAGUCUGUACUGGUCCCGGUAGACCCCAGACCAGUCUGUACUGGUCCCGGUAGACCUCAGACCAGUCUGUACUGGUCCCGGUAGACCUCAGACCAGUCUGUACUGGUCCUGGUAGACCCCAGACCAGUCUGUACUGGUCCCGGUAGACCCCAGACCAGUCUGUACUGGUCCCGGUAGACCCCAGACCUGAUGUGCCGGUCAUUAACAGGUACACACACCAGACUGAAGACCAAAAGACUGGUGUCUGGUCUGACACCAGCAGCAGAUUGUUGGAAACUUUCACCAGCUCUGGUUCCUCACCAUGAUGUGAUCUGAAUCAUCACUAAAACUCUUCAAACGAGUUAUUUUUCUGUAAAUUAUGUAUUCAUUUAGUUUUUUAAAGAACUUUAGAAAAAUAAAACAGAGGUUGGACAUAAGUGUGGAGUUAAAACUCCUAUUUGUUUUCUACCUAUGUUUAUCUAUUUCCAGAUCGAUCUCAAAAUGGAAAAAGAUUAUCCCAAAACACUGUCCAGGACAAGUCCUGAUUUCUGAACUUAACAUAGAGAUGAGCAUCAGGGUCUCCAGGGUGGAGCCCUGUGGAACCUCACCAAUUCAUUUAUGUUCAUAUCCAGACAGCGGACUUCUAAAGCCCCUGCUUCGCUACUUUUGCUCCAUGUCACACAGCGUCAGGUGUCAGAGGUUGUUGGAUACUGAAUGAUUGUGUUUAUCUAUCUAAGUUCAAUGCUGUAUGCAGCCUUUGUGCUAAGCUAGGCUAACUCGGUUGUGGACGUCAGACACAUCAUGUCAUCAAAAAGACAAACGAACGAGGGUUUCACUGAACUGUUUCUUUCAAGUGUUUUGGCUGGUAAAAAAACAAAUAUCUUAGACUUUUAUUUUGUAAGAUGCAUGUUUCCUGUAGCUUGAGGCAGGUGACAGUUUGAGGCUAAAUCACCAAAUGUGCACUUUUUGAUUUCAUGUCUUCGAUCAUUUUGUGCUCUGCAGCUGCUGAGAAUGUAUUGAUUUAUCACCUGCCCCCAACACAAAUGUGAUUGGCCGUUGCUGUGAUGAUGUAACUGCUGCUGCUACAGCUGAUUGGUCAUUUGGGCUACUUAGGUUUGGUGUUUCGUUACAGUGCAUGCGACUGUGAACAAACGAGCUGAAUAGACGAAGCAAACCAAACAUGUACGAGUCUGUUUGUCUCCUUUUUUAUGCGUUUGACCACAUGAUGGUCCCGCAGACGGCUGCGUGUUUCUCAUGGAUUAUUUAUUACGUUUCUGUGGUUUACACCUUUCUGAACUCGCCUGUUCAUCAUCAGCAGGAUUUGUUUGUAUCACCAUGUCAUUUGUAAUAAACUGAUUUCA